CAUCACUUAGAAGAUUAGACAUUGACAUUUGCAUGUUAUUGUUUUUGUUGAUGAAAUUGUUCGAAAUAUCGAAAGUAUUGUAUUAGGAACAAUUAAUGAAUGAUGGAAGUUGAAGCUAAAAUAAAAGAAGACAUGAGAAACCUCGGCUGUCAAUCUGAGAAGAAAAUUACGCUAGCAUAUCAGCUAUAUAUCUAUUUGCUUGAUGAAAAACUUAUGUACGACACAGAAUAUUGUUAUAACAAAGAUGUAGACACCCUUUAUAUUGUAGCCAGACCGAAUAAAAACGAAAAAAUCAAUAUCUACGUACCUAUUCCUACAAAUUUCGAUAUAAGCGUCGAUUAUAUUAAUAAAAUGCAAGAAAACCUGUGUACAGUUGAAACUGGCCCUACAAUAAACUUAGCAUUUAUUGAAGAAGAUUUUACGACAGUUCUGUACACAUUUACCAAAGGUUUAGUUGAUCGACCGUCACUGGACAGAUCAACGCAACUUAAAUGUAAAGAGGAGAAGCGGAGAUUCAUAAACAGUGAGAUUCAUAAAAAGAAAACUGACAUUUUAAAUGAUGCUAUGAAUGGUGGAUUCGUUGAUGACGAUGAUUGUGAAAUAAUAGAAUAGAUGAACACUA